UUGAACUUAUUAACUACUCAGGACCUUCUCUUCAGUUUUCGUUACUAAAUUUAUCUUUAUAUUUAAUAUAUCAAUAUUUGUUUCAAACCUAUUAAACCAUUUCAAGAGGGUUUUUAAAAAAGUGAGGUUAUUUUGUACACUGAACAACAACAACAAUUUUCUGUGUGAUAUAAACAUUUGCCAUGAUUAUUUUAAAAAGAUAUGUAAACUACAUUAUUAAACGAUCCCGGUGUUAUUCUUCGAACACGAUUUUCGCCCUGUCUUCAGGUCAGGGAAAAUGUGGUGUGGCUGUGAUUAGAGUUUCAGGCAGAUCAGCCGGAGAAGCGCUAAAAGCCUUAACAGGCCUUUGCCAACUACCAGAGCCACGAAAGGUUAACUUGAGAAGCAUCAAAGAUCCAACAUCCAAAGAAACCCUUGACAAAGGCUUAAUUCUAUGGUUUCCAGGCCCUAAAAGUUUUACAGGUGAGGACAGCUGUGAACUACAUGUACAUGGUGGGUUGGCAGUGGUAAACUCUGUUCUGACAGCACUGGGGACUCUAAAAGAUCUUAGAUUGGCCGAGCCGGGCGAAUUUACGCGCAGGGCGUUCCAUAAUGGAAAGUUAGAUUUGACUGAAGUGGAGGGUCUUGCUGAUUUGCUUCAAGCAGAAACUGAAGCUCAGAGGAAACAAGCAUUUUUACAAACACAAGGUUCUCUCAGUAAAUUGUACAAUAAAUGGAAGAACAUACUGGUCAGAUGUGUAGCUCAUAUUGAAGCCCACAUUGACUUCGAAGAGACUGAAACUUUAGAUGAAGGGUUAAUAAACUCUGUUAUGACUGAUGUUGGGACACUAAAAAAUGAGAUACAGCAACAUUUGUGCGACGGCAGGAAAGGCGAAACGUUAAGAAAUGGAGUGAAGACAGUUAUACUGGGUGAGCCCAAUGCUGGAAAAAGUUCCCUUCUAAACAUUUUGUGUCAAAGACCAGCAGCCAUAGUGACCCCAAUUGAGGGCACCACCAGAGAUAUACUUGAAGUAACUUUAAAUAUUGGGGGCUACCCUUUAGUUCUGGCUGACACAGCUGGAUUAAGAUCAACAACAACUGAUGUUGUAGAGAAAGAAGGAAUUACAAGAGCUUUACAAAGCUUUGAAGUUUGUGAUCUUGUAAUAUUGGUGGUGGCAGCAGAUAAAUAUGAGCUUUGGAAGAGACAUAAUAAUGCUAGUUUCACAGAUUAUUUAUUUGAAUAUGUAUCUUCUCUUAAACUGGAUAAUUUGUUAGAUCACAAAACAAAACAGUUUAAAAAAAAUUGUAUUGUUGUCAUGAAUAAGACUGAUUUAGUAAAAAAUGUUGAGUUAAAUAAUAGUUUUGUUAACGUCAGUUGCCAGACUGAGGAUGGUGUGGUUGAUCUAGUUGAAAAAAUUACAUUGGAACUUAAAAAUUUAUGUGGUGAGCCUUCAAGGGAGCAUCCUUCAAUGAACCAAAUGAGGCACAGGCAGCAGUUAAAUGAGUAUCUAGCAAACCUUGAAAUGUUCUUUAAAUAUACAGGAGAUUUAAAAGAAUAUAAUGGUGAUCUGGUUUUAAUGGCAGAAAGUUUAAGAAAAGCUUUAAGAAGUUUAGGAAAGCUUGUUGGAACUGUGACAACUGAACAACUUUUAGAUGUAAUAUUUAGAGAUUUUUGUAUUGGAAAAUAAAAUCAAUUAGUUGUUUGUUUUUAA